CAUGACAACAUGCGGACUCCAUCUGUCGCUCUGCUCCUCGGUGUGUGUGUGCUGCUGCUGUCUGCACUGACUGUUUCUGCAGUCUCUCUGACCGUCAGUCCAAACCUGCAGCAGUUCUUCACAGGAGCCUCAGUGUCUCUGACAUGUGAAGGUCAGCUGGGCUCUGAUGGAUGGACGGUGAAGAGGGACACAGGAAGUGGGACUGAGUCAUGUGGAGCAGGUGGGCGGGGCUUCGGGAGGUUACAUGGUCCAUCCUGUUUGUUUGAUGAGUUCAACCCAAUCAGUGGAGUUUACUGGUGUGAAGGUGAAGCUGGAGAGAAGAGUGAAGAAGUCAACAUCACUGUAUCAGGUAAAGAAGUGAUCCUGGAGAUCCCUGCACUUCCUGUAAGGACAGGAAGUGAUGUCACUCUACGCUGUAAAAAGAAAAUUAAUGGGACAGCCCCAGCUUAUUUCUACUUUAAUGGACGUCCUGUUAGACCUAAAUUACAGAAAAACAUCACCAUUAACGUGCAGCAGUCUGAUGAAGGUCUCUACUGGUGUGCUACUGAUGAGUUUGGAUCAUCUCCUCAGAGCUUUCUGAGGGUCAGAGGUCCUCUUCCUCCCACAACAACAACAACAACAACAACAACAAACAAAACAACAACAACAACAACAACAACAGACACUGAUGUCUCCUAUACACCUUCUCCUUCUCUUCAUCCUCCUCCUCUCCAGCCCUUCAUCAUCCCAGUCAUAGCUGCUGUGGUUUCUCUGGUUCUUGUGGUUCUGGUUCUGGUUUGGCUCCUUUGGAAGAAACACACAGUCCCCAAUGAGGCUCCUUCAGAUGAUGUCACCUAUUCUGAGGUCACCAGUAGAGAGUCAUCCAAUAAGAUGCCAGUCAUCCAACCAGAAAUGGUUUACUCCACCCUGAGGACAAACACUACAGGAAGCUGAGGACAGACCUGCAGAGCUCCUGUGGACACGUUUCACUGUGUCAGUCUCACCGUGGGAACAUUUACAGACAGUCAUCAGCUUCCUCCUUUCUUCAUUCACUUCCAUUUAAUCCAAUCAAUGGAGUCAUGGCGGCAACAAGUGAGGAAGGCGUCCUGUUUCCUGUUCCUCCAGAGAAACCAGGAGCAGGAACUGAAGAAAUCAAACUGCUGCUGGUUUGAGUCUCUGCAGCUUGAACUCUGACAAAGGUCGUCUAUGAUGGAGCUGCUUCCUUCAUUUCAACCUGAUCAAUACUUUGAACUCCCGCUGUAAUUUCAGCAGUUUUAUACAGUUAAUUUAAUACAGAUUUAAUGAACAGACAGAUCUGCAGAUCAUCAAUCAGGAACUUUCCUGUUUGCUAUACUGAUUAUUAGAGCAGGAAGAGAGGGGACAGACUCAAUUACCUCUUUGGGUACAGCAAGCGAUUUUCAGGAGGGGCCCAGCAUUAAUAAAUGCAUCAACUAGUUUUUCAGCAUUUUACUCUGAGAUGGGAGGUUUUCUUUUUGGAGCCAGCAGAAUCUGAAUGCUUUGUUAUGUUUGAGUCUGCAGUGUCUGCGGUGCUUCCCAAGAGGAGCACCACAGACCCUGUAGACUCCUCCUGUUAGUGUUUUUGUUUUAUUUAUUUAAUAUUCAUGUUGUUAUCUGUGUGGAUAUAGUGCUGGAGUGGACAGAGGUACGCAAACAAAUAUACAUUUUUACCCUGUGUGUGCUUCUGAGAGACAGAGUAAGAGAAAUGUGAGUGUCUGUGUAUGAGUGUUUAUCAUGUAACGUAGUGGAAAAGUGAAAUUCUGUAAUGACUGUAAAAAUGUAAUAAUUAUGAUGCGAUUAAAAAGGAGAAACAAAUGGCUGCACAGCACAUCCAGCAAAGCCACAUGAAUGGUCCUGCCAGCUGUGGCUCUGCAGCUCAUGUCCCCAAAGCACAGAGACGACUGAGUGAUUAAUAUGAAACUGAUAUGACAAAAUACAGCAGAGGAUGACACAUAUGACAGAUGACAGUCGUAACAUAGAGCUUCAGUUUUAUUACUGUUUAGUUUGAGAACGUUUGAGCAACAAUGAGGCAGUCGUAACAGCAGUCGAGAUGGGUGAAUUGUGUUGUAAGAAAUAUACAGCUGAGUGUCGUCUCCAUAAAAGUGAAAGUUAAUACUAUAUUUCCAAUAUAUGUGGCCGAUUUGAAGCAUGUAAAUUAUGAAUAAAAAGGCCCCGAUAGAUAAAAA